AUGCAGCUUAUUCUUCCCGUGCUCUUCCUACUCCUGGCGCCGGUCGCCGUAACUGCCUGCGAAGGCGCCUGCAUCGUCGAUAUCACCAACGAAUACCUAAACCGCUACGAAAAUAUCUUGCUCACGACCCUUCAGAAAUUGGAAAGUGCAUCUCAAUUCAUCAUUAUCCAUCACCGUAGAGAGAACUCUAUCGUGUACUUCGCUCCUGUCUUGCAAGCCUACAACCUUACUGCCUACAAUAGCCUGGAGAAAGCAAUAUUCCCUGGUUACUUCCAUGGAAAGUGUCAAGAUGCAAACGGCGUGAACCCACCCGGAUGUCCAAACCCCGACUGUCCCAAAGUCUGCGGCACGCCCGGCUCCAUGGUCCACUUUUACCCUACCCUCGUUGAGAUCGUAUUCGACGACACACUAAGCCUGCUCUCCAACCUCACUGUGCCGGGGAGCAAACCGUACAAUCAGAUACAACAAAAAGUCAUGGCAGAUGUCGACAAGGGACAAAAGAAACGUAUGGAGAACUUGUCGCGUAUCAUGCCGUUACGCAUUCGUGCAGCGACACAGGCGAAGAGUACUCACAGCAUUCAGCAAGGCCUGAAGAAGAUCAUGAAGGAACUGCGACCGACCAUGUUGGAAACAUGCGGGGGUUCGAACCUGUCGUUUUGCAGUUGGGAGCAGCCUAUGAAGGAGUUCAUCUUGCAGUACCCUUGACCUUUUUCGUUCAAACUUCUCAUAUCACACAUUACUAGAAGCAUC